UUGAUAUGAAAUCGCAUAAUAUCAGCAAGUUUUCUCAGAAUUGUUUCAUUUCACUUCUAAAAUUGAGCUGGAGAGUUAUGCGUUUAAAAAAACAUAUAUAUAAUUUUCUACUGAAAAUUCAUAGAACUUCCGGUAGUAAACAAACGUAAAGAAGCCAAGUAUACUGAGAGAUUCUUAGGAAGUAAAAACUCAAAUACUGAAUGCAUUUAUACAACAUGAAAAAAAAAUAGCCCAAUGAAAAUACAAAUAUUUUAAUUCAUGCGUUUUAAUACCCAUUAAACAGCAACACGUACAUAUCACUCACUUCUCUCUGCACACUGUACAUUGGCGGAGUUUGACGAACAAGUUCCAACUUGACAACAUUUCUCAUGUGUUUAUGGUCGGCGUCAAGUGUAAUGAUCUUGUGUUGUGCAGAGAAUAUGGGGUUUAAUUUAAUGUCAGGAUUGAUCAUAUUCGUUUUCCAAGAUAACCAUAUGGAAGUAAAAAAUGCCUGCACAACAUCAUGUUCACUUCAGUGAUUCAACUGUAGAGGAAAAAGAGGAAUCUCUGCCACGCCAGUAUACUGGAUUGUCAGAGGAAAUGGCAAUGUUGAAGUUUCCAAAAGUGAAGAAUAUUCUGUGGGACCAUGACAGUACAGGAGAUGACUUGCACCUAAGUCUGUCAUAUUACAGGAAACCUCAGUUAUAUGUCACAGAAAAAGUACUGCGUUUUGCUCAGAGGCAUUUAGAGAGUUCACGAGGCACCUCUUGUAGCUGUGCCCUUCAAGGCUCGAUAGCUUUGGAUCAAGAUGGAGAAGGCCUGACCUUUGUCCUUGACAGGUUUGAUCCUGGAGGAGGAGGGACAAUAAGCUGCAGUGGUCUGACCCCAGGGGAUAUAUCUGUACCAUUUGAGAUGUUUGGAAACACAAAAGAAAACCGUCAUGGUUCACAAAGUGAUUAUUUCAAUGCUCUCAAGCUUAUUCAGCAAAAGAUUAGUAGUAAAGACUCAAUAGAAAUCAGCAAUUUUCUCCUUGCAAAAGGAUGGUGCAGUUUUUACACACAUGGUGAAAAAAGUGUUCAUCACAUAGACUUUGAUGUUGUAACCUUAGCAACAGAAUUUAAAGUCACACCAAUACCAGUAGUUCCUAUUGUGCCAACAGCAUUGUCCAAAAACUUGUCUGGGCCAAUGAGUCUUAGUCAUCUACAGGGGGAACCAAAAACUGGCUACCUAACCAUGGAUCACACAAGGAAAGUGUUAUUAGUGCUAGAAUCUGAUCCCAAAGUUUUCAAUCUUCCAUUGGUGGGAAUAUGGAUAAGUGGUGUGUCCUAUGUAUACAGCCCAUUUGUCUGGGCAAGUUGUAUUCGAUACCUGUUCAACUCCAGCAUAAAUGACAGAGUUUGUUCUGUGGCGGAACCCUUUCUUUUGGUGCUAUAUAGUCCUUUACAUUCCAAACCUGAGUUUUAUGAUGUUACCAUUCAAAAUGCUGAGGGAAAUAUGCAGUUUGAUCUGUACACAGGCUAUGAAGUUGUUAGUCUACCUAAGACCAUUACCAACAAUUCUCAAAACAGUGUGGAAAUUGAACUAAGCUCAGCAAAGCCAGGGAAGAAAAGAGAGACAUUUGAUGCUGCACAACAUGAAUAUAACAGUCUAAGGCCUGCACUAAAGAAGGAAAACCUUGAAGUGCCAGUAUCAGCUGCAGAGUUGGAAGAAAUGACCCCCAGAAUUCGACCAGCCCCCUACACUUCACAGGUGCCUAAAGCUGUCCCCAUGGUGCCAGAGGUUUCGCUGAUAUUUGGGGACGAAAACUCGGGGAUAUUGACAGAGACUGGACCCAGACAACCUCCCAUCAUGCAUGGCAAACCAACAGGGGUUCAUUAUGUUCAAGACUUUCUGUCCAGCUCUCACCAACCUCUGAAAUACCCUCCCUCUAGUCAUACUCCAGUGCCCAAUGGAGACAGCAAGUUAGGCAGUCAUUUUCACAGUGCUCCAAACUUACAGCAGAUGAGGUCAGCAAAACCACAACAGCAGUGUACACUUCCCUGCUGUACUAACAACCAAACCAUGCAGAAUGGUAGAUUAGCUCAGAAUUAUUUAUCCAACGGCACUCUUCAACAGAAGAGACCUCAGAAUGGUGCAAAUGUAUUUCCUCAGCCUUCAAGUACUAAACACCACAGAAGAUCCAUGACUGCAGUUCCUCAGGGUCAUUAUGGUUAUCCGGCACAACAGCCGUAUCACCACCCAGUACCAAGCAGUGCUCCAUACAGGCCACCACCAAACACUGGACCCAUCUAUAGGGGACCCUCCUACCCACCCCAUGACUUGAGACAUUCUUGUUCAUGUCCUGACUGCAUGUACCAAAUGCCAUUACAAAAUAAUCAGAUUCGUCCUCAAGCUCAAAUGCAGCAACAAGCUCAAAUGCAGCAGCAAGUUCAAAUGCAACACCAAGCUCAAAUGCAGCCACAAAACUAUGGUAUUCCUGGUCCCAGUGUCAGAGCGCCUAUACCUGACUGCACUCCAAAACCUCAAUAUUCUCAGGCAUUCCCUGUGAUGUCCCAGUCAAAUCAGUUGCAAAAUGCUCAACAGUUAAAUUAUCCACAACAGAUGCAGCCUUUACCACAGGAAAUUGUUUCUACUCAAUCCCAAACAAACACUGCAAAUACAAAAUCCCAAGUGCCACCUCCACAGGAAUCCACGUUGUCUCCUCGCAAUGCAUCUGAGGCAAGAAGCAGUCAAGCUGACAGCAGUGGAAGAUCAAGUGAUGACAGUGGGUUUAGUGUCACACCAGAAAAGAAGGUGAAUAAUUCAGCAGAGGACAAUGCAGACUUCCAGUCUUCAGCAUUUGGGAAAGGAAUCAACUGGAACCAGGUACCCCAAGAGGUCUACCAACUUCUGAUGCAUCAGGAUGCUCAACUGAAACAAUUACAAGCACAAAUACAGACCUUGAUACAAAAUCAGAGUGUAUCAACUCAAUAUACAACCAUGACAGAACUGAACUCUACUGCAGGAAAGUCAUCCGUCCAAAACUCAACAGGAAAUGAUCAGGCGGUUCAGAAGUGUGAGAUGGGAACAAACACCACCAUCUUUAACCAGAAUGAUAAAAACUCUGUAGCUCUUCAGACAAGUCCUGUAAAACCUGUGUCACUUUCUCAAGAACCUGUCGAUCCUCUCUGGUCCAGAUCCCAAGAGCAUCCAAAUCUUGCCAGAUCCCAGGAAUAUCAAGAUAGUCCCAGAUCACAAGAAUAUCCAGAUAGUGCCAGGUCUCGGGAUCAUCCAGACAGUGCCAGGUCUCAGGAUUAUCCAGACAGUGCCAGGUCCAGAGAACCUCCGCACAGUGCCAGAUCUAGUAGAAGUUCUCCGUUACAGCCUGCUAAUGGUCAGAUGAGUGAUAGAUCUAGUCACAGUUCUCAUUCCCAGGAAGGCAGUAACUAUGAGGCCCGUACCCCAGCAGAUAUCAGACACAGGGGAAUCUUGCCCAUGAACAGCACAGAGAGAGAAGACUUUGAUUUGAACAUGACCCAGGGAGAGCUUUACAAUGUAGUGAACAAUGUCGCACUUCACAACAAAACCAUGGACAGUAUUCACUCAGAUAUGAUUGUGGACAUGCCCAGUUACCAUUCAUCUCCAUCAAGGUCCCAAGUAUCUCCUGACUCUGGGUCUGGUGAGAUUUCCCAGAGCCCGAUCAGUGCCAGUAUGUGUGGAGACCAGCAGCAUUACAGUGGAGAUUCAGAGGACGAGGAUGAAGAGGAAGGGCCGGGACAACUCAGUGCUGACAACAAGGAGUAUUAUGACAAACUAAUGGAGAAUAUCCACAAGCUCCUGCAGCAUCAGGAUAGUGAGUUGACCGGAGAGUUGACAGCUGAUACUCUACAGAACGACCCGCUACAGCAGAGCGUCAUGCUGGGACAGUACCUCAACUCCAUGAGGAUUAAUGGAGGCCAGAAUCCUGUGGAGACAACAUUCAUUCCUAAAAUAAACUACAUGUCUAUGAUGUUUGAAUCUGACUCUGAUUGUUCUAUGGAGAUCAAUGCUAUGGCUAUGAAGUAUCUGAAGGAUGAACAACUUACUCAACUGAAUAAACUCCAAACUCAGUCUCGUUUAAAGGGAAAUAAGGACAAUCAGAAGGCAAAUCUACUGCGUCAGGUUCUGGGUGAAGGCAGAGACACAACACCAGAUGUCACCACAACGGGCAUGUCACCCAAUGACAUGACCUUCGCCACAAGAAAAUAUCUGGAGAAGUAUGGAUUGGUUAAUGACAAUGACAGUACAAGAUCUGGAAAUACCUCAGAAUCUACAGUGAAUGACACUUAUGAACUGAAAGUCAAUUUCUCCACAGUAAACUCACCUGUAAAUUCUCCACAUCGAAAUGUGCCCGACUCCUUUCGCACACCAGUGUCUCGAAAGUCUCGCAGCCCCUUUUUGGACUCAUUAAGAAGUCAGAACAAAACGGGAAGUCCAUUCCAGAAUACCUCAGGGAGUCCAUAUGUAAACAGUGUACGGACAUUAGAGAAAUCCUCUGGUCCAUGUGUAAAUAAUGGAACUGUGUCUGAUAGAACAGGCAGUCCCUAUACUAACAGUUAUGAUGUGUCCACCAGAACACCAAGCAGUAGGAGGGAAACAGUGGAUAGUCCUCAAGGUCAGGGCCAGAGUAGAUCCAACAGUUAUGGAAGGGAAGACUCUGCCAUGAGAACCCCUGUCAGAGGAAACAGUCAUUCUUAUGACAACGAAGGCCAAGACAUCACCCCCAAAUCUACGCCAAACCAAAGAAUGCAGCCAGUGUUGAGACCAGCCUAUACCCCCAGUCCAAAUCAUGGGGAAAGGCACCGCAUGCUUAGUCCAAUAACUCAAGAAGAACCUGCAGAAACAAGUGGCCAGGCUAUCACUCAUCAACAGUCUGAACAUGAGGAGAAAGUUUUAGAUAUAACCAGGCUAAAAAUGAUGCCAAAACUCUUGUGAUGUUCUGUAGUUAGGUAAAACUCAUUUAAUUUAUUAUACAUAGUUUGUAGAUGAAUGUAAGGAUUGCAGGUUUUUUAAAAAUGUAGAGAUAUUUAUUUCUAUCUGUAAACAAUGAAUAGUUAUAGUGAACUCUGUGAUGUAUCUGUACAUAAGCACUUGUUGCGGCUCAGCACUGGUUGCCCCAGGCAUGUCUUGGUGGCGUUUUAUCUGUUUAAGUUUCUUUCCUAUUUAUUUUUAAAGCCCAAGGCUGUGAUAUUUUGUUUUAACAGCCAUUAAAUGGCUGGAUCUUUUUCUUUUAUUUAUCUUUUUAAAAAUCUCACAAUUGGUUGUCAAAUCAGUUUUUGUUUGUUUCAAAUGCAUAUGAAUGGUUUAGUUGUGUGAUCAACCCGCUAUUUGAAAUAAGAGUGACAACUUCUCUUGUUCAAAAAAAUUGCCAUUUUGACGUUCAGCAGUUGCAGGGUAGAGAGAUAUUGGUUUCUAUUUUUGGAUGACAAUACUAGUACAUGUAAUACAGACGUAGAACAUUUGAUUUUAUUGGAAGAUUGUGAGAAUGAUAUUUAGGAUCUAAAUAAAAACUGUACAAAACUAGUCAGCAAAUAGUGAAAAUAGUUAUAGUAUGAGUUGUAGGGCAUUGUCAUAUACCAUAUGUUAUUACUGUAUCUUAGAAUGAGCAGAAAUGCAUUUAGAUAUUAAAUAAUUGGAAUAAAUAUACAAUGUUCAAUAUAAAACUUAUCAUAUAUUUUGAAUAUACUAACUGCAUUUAUUUUACAUUACCUUUUUAACUUGAAAAUUCAUGUCUUUUCAAAUAGGUACAAAUUUUUGUAUUUUUUAGUACAGCAACAUAAUUGACUUUCAAUAUUUACUUCAUACUGGAAAUUAAUUCCUUGUUUUUGUACACGUAUUUUAAAUAUCAUUUAUUUUUUUUAUUUUUUUUUACACUGUAUUUGAUUUCAGCUCACAAUAGUUGCAAAUUUUUCAGUUUUUAAUCUCUACCAGGUUUAGCUGGGAGCUAGAAAUACUUAGAAUCAAUAAAUUUUACAGACAGAAUACAGUCAUGUCAUUUUUAAAACUACUCUGUAUUGUUACUCAUUUAUUUGAACAAUUAAACUUAGAAAAAACAA